UCUAUGUUUAUGAGAAUCGUGAAACAAAAUGGCGGAGGAGCUUGUCAAUGUUUAGUUGUCAAAAUAGUCUCAAAUAUCGCUCCCUCGUCUUUGUGAUAUCGUAAAUUUUUCAUGAAAUAGUUUAAAAAUCGGCAUUUAGCCAUUUUUAUUUAAAUGGUGUCGUAGAUUAUAUGAAGUGAUGACUAUUUUUCUGAAAUAUUAAGUGAGAUUAAUUUAGAAAUCAUUCGCAUUGUCACUAUACACUCACCAAAUCGCUUCAUUCAAUAUGGCCGCCGGAUUGUAUUUUUCUCUGCAUUGUUUGUGGCGGUGUUCGUUUUUAGAUGUUCUGUGGUAUUUAUUCAGAUAAAUGCAAUGAUUUGUGUUGUGGACAUCUUGUAAAUAAUCAGUUAUGAUAUGUUUAAGAACAUUUUUGUGACAAUUACAUAUUUUUAAAAUUGUGAUAAUAAUUAUUAUUAGUGGGCUUCGGAAGUGUAAAGUGCAUUUAAUUCAGAUUGAAAAGAAGAUUAGUGUUAUUUCUCGCAAUGUCACAACAUGAGCGGUUGCGAUGAUCCGGACUCAGCACAUAAUUCUAGUUCAACCUUGCAACUCAUGGGUGUGGAACGCACGAUCGCGGCUGGGGGUGCAGGGGCCGCGGGCGGCGGCGAAGGCGGCGGCGGCGCCCUCAAUGGCGGCGCCGAUGAGCCGCCCUGCAAGCGGCCCAAACUCGCCGUCGCCGCCGCCGUCGCCGCCGACGACGCGUCUGCGCUGCGCCGCCGCAUUCUCGAGGCCGAGCUUUCGCGCCUUAGAAACCUUCGGGAGAAGUUCACCGAACAGCUGAGCGAGCUGUACUUCCUGCAGGCAGGCGGCAACAUGAUGGACUACGUGGCGUGGCGGAAACGACCGCCGACCGCGCAACUGGUCGCAUUCCUGGAAACCCGUCGUCCGCCCCCUAUCGCGGUUUCGGUGGCGCCAGCCGUGUCGGUGCCUGCCCCCGUGGUUCGAAGCUCUGCGGCGGUGGCGACGACUACGACGACGGCGGUGAGCGCGUCCAGCGCGCCGGUGGUGUCGACGGGGGCGGCGGCGACGGUGGGGACAGCGGACGAGAUGGUGGAGAAGGCGAAGCAGGAGGCGUACGUGGCGUCCCGCGUGGCCGAGCUGGCGCGCGCCGGCCUGUGGCCCGAGCGACGUCUGCCGCGCGUCAUGGAGCCGCCGCGGCCCAAGACCCACUGGGACUACUUGCUAGAGGAGAUGGCUUGGCUCGCGCAAGAUUUCGCACAUGAACGCAAAUGGAAGAAACAGGCGGCUAAGAAGUGUGCUCGUGCUGUGCAGAAAUAUUUCCAAGAUAAAGCAAUGGCGGCACAGAAAGCUGAGAAAGCGCAGGAAUUACAGUUGAAGAAAAUUGCGGCGUUCGCAGCCAAAGAAAUAAGAACAUUCUGGUCAAACGUAGAAAAAUUAGUCGAAUGGAAACGAGUGAGGCGCAUAGAGCGCGCACGGAAAGAGGCAUUAGACGAGCAACUGAGCUACAUAGUGGACAAAACGGAACGGUACUCGAGGCAACUCGCCGCCAAUCUGGCGCGGCCCGCGGACGCGCCCUCCGAUGACGAAUUUCAGCCGCGCGGCGCCUCCGACGACGACGAGGAGACCAUCGCCGCCGCCGAGCGCGAGGCGGGCGCCGACGCCGCCGACCACCGCGACGAGAUCGAGGCGCUGCGCCGCGAGUCGCGCCUCGCGCUCGCCGACCUGCUGCCGCCCGGCUACCUGCCCGCGCACUCGCCGCCGCCCUCCGACUACGGGCCCGACGACGACGACUCCGCCGACGACGAGGAGACCAUCGCCGAGCAGGAGCGCGCCGAACCGCCCGGCCACCACGCCGCCGAGCUCGACGCGCUGCGCUCCGACGCCGAGCUCGACAUCGCCGAGCUGCGCCGCAAGUACGCGCCCGCGCCCGCGCUCGCCGCCUCCGUGCGCUCCGCCACGCCCUCCACCGACAACGAGGACGGCGACGGCGACGGCGACGGCGACGACGAUCAAACCGACGCCGGCACGGAGGAUUCCUCCGACGACGCGGCGUCGACGAGCUCGUCGGAGGCUCUGGAGGCGCUGGUGGAGGACGCGGAGAUGGGCGAGGCGGGGCCGGCCGCGGGCGCGGGCGCAGGCGAGGACGCGGCGACGGGCGAGCAGCGCGUGGAGGCGGCCGCGUCGCUGGCGGCCACGCUGCAGCCCACGGGCACCACGCUGUCCUCCACCGCCGUGGCCACGCCCGUGCCGCGCCUGCUGCGCCACCCGCUGCGCGAGUACCAGCACGUGGGGCUGCACUGGCUCGCCACCAUGCACGCGCGCCGCCUCAACGGCAUCCUCGCCGACGAGAUGGGGCUCGGCAAGACCAUCCAGACCAUCGCGCUGUUGGCGCACCUGGCGCUCGAGCACCGCGACUGGGGGCCGCAUCUGGUCGUCGCGCCCACCUCGGUCGUCCUCAACUGGGAGAUGGAGUUCAAGAAGUGGUGCCCCGCGUUCAAGUUGCUCACCUACUACGGCACGAUCAAGGAGCGCAAGCUGAAGCGCGUCGGCUGGACGAAGCCGAAUUCGUUCCACGUGUGCAUCACCUCGUACAAGCUGGUCGUGCAGGACCACCAGAGCUUCCGGCGGAAGAGGUGGAAAUAUUUGAUUCUCGACGAGGCGCAGAACAUAAAGAACUUCAAGUCGCAGCGGUGGCAGAUGUUGCUCAACUUCCAAACGGAGCGGCGGCUGCUGUUGACGGGCACGCCUUUGCAGAACAGUCUGCUCGAGUUGUGGUCGCUGAUGCAUUUCCUGAUGCCGGACGUGUUCGCGUCGCACUCGGAGUUCCGCGAGUGGUUCGGCGACGUGACCGGCAUCGCGGACGGCUCGCACCGCUACAACGACGCGCUCGUGCGCCGCCUCCACGAGGUGCUGCGCCCCUUCCUCCUGCGCCGCCUCAAGGCCGACGUGGAGCGCCAGAUGCCGCGCAAGUACGAGCACGUGCUCAUGUGCCGCCUCGCCAAGCGGCAGCGCUUCCUCUACGACGACUUCAUGGCGCGCGCCAAGACCAAGGAGAGCCUCGCGUCCGGCAACCUGCUGAGCGUGAUCAACGUGCUGAUGCAGCUGCGCAAGGUGUGCAACCACCCGGACCUGUUCGAGCCGCGGCCGGUGUCGUCGCCGCUGCAGCUGGCGGCGCUGCGGCUCGCGGUGCCGGCGCUGGUGCUGGGCGCGGGCGUGGCCGCGCGGAUCGAGGCGGCGGCGCGGCUGGGCGGCGACCUCGCCUCGCUCGAGCUCAGCGGCGUCGGCGCCUUCCCCGCGCACCGCGCCCGACACCUGGCUCCCCCGCGCGCGCUGCUCGAGGAGCUCAAGCCUGCGCCUGCGCCUGCGCCGCCCCCGCCGCCACCUCCCGCGGCGCUGCGCCUGCACCUGCGCUUGGUGCCUCGGCGCGCGCCCGGGCUGCCCGGCGCCGCGCUGCCUCCGCUGGCGCCCCCCUCCCGGCCCGCGCCCGCGCCCGCACAGGCCGCGCCGGCUCCCGCGGCUCCCGCGGCCCGGGCGGCGGCGGCGCGGCUGGCGGCGCGGCGCGCGCACGCGGUGCGGCGCCUGGCGGCGGUGAACGAGCGGCGGUGCUGGCGGCUGCCGCUGUACGGCGCGGACCUGCGCGCGGCGCUGCAGGCGCGCGCCCCGCUCCCGACGCACCCGCCCCCGCCGACGCUGCGAGACAUGCUGCAUCGCCUGCACGACGUCAUCGACAGGUUCAGCAUGUGCUGGUCGGCGGCGCGCGCGGCGGCCCCGCAGCUGUGGGCGGGGGCCGGGGGCGGGCACCGGGACUGGCGCGCGGCCGCCGCCGCUGCCGAGGGCGGGCCCGCGGCCGGCGCGGCCAGGCUGCUGCUGACCGCGCUGCACGCGCCCGCGUCCCGCCAGGCCGUCGCCUUCCCGCACCCGCGCCUGCUGCAGUACGACGCCGGCAAACUGCAGACGCUGGACGUGCUGCUGCGCAAGCUGAAGGCGGGCGGGCACCGCGUGCUGAUCUUCACGCAGAUGACGCGCGUGCUGGACGUGCUGGAGGCGUUCCUGUCCAUGCACGGACACACCUACCUGCGGCUCGACGGAGCCACGCGCGUCGACCAGCGCCAGCCCCUCGUCGAUAGGUUCAACGGCGACGCGCGCGUGUUCGCGUUCAUCCUGUCGACGCGCAGCGGGGGCGUGGGCCUGAACCUGACGGGCGCGGACGCGGUGGUGUUCUACGACUCGGACUGGAACCCCACCAUGGACGCGCAGGCGCAGGACCGCGCGCACCGCAUCGGGCAGACGCGCGACGUGCACGUCUACCGGCUCGUCACCGCCGCCAGCGUCGAGGAGAACAUCCUGCGCAAGGCCGACCAGAAGCGGGCGCUGGGGCACCUCGCCAUCGACACCGGACACUUCACCACCGGCUAUCUGCGCGCGUCGAAUAUAAAGGAGUUGUUCGGCACGGAGACGUCCACGACGACGGACGCGGCGGACGCUGCCCCAGCGGACAGCGGCCCCGCCAGCGGCGAGCUGGAAACCGCGCUACUGGCGGCCGAGGACGAAGCCGACGCGGCCGCGGCCCGCGCCGCCCGACACGAGGCCAGCCUCGACCUGGCGGAGUUCGACGAGACUGCGCCGCCCCCGCUGCCGGCCGACUCCACGCCCGCGCCCCGGGGACAGGACAGGGACGAGCUGGCCGCGCUCAUGACGCAGUUGACGCCGGUGGAGAAGUACGCGAUGCGCGUAGUGGAGAGCGGCGAGGCCGCCACCGCCGCCGAGCGGGCCGCGCUCGACGCCAUGCGCCGCCAGCUGCAAGAGUGGGAGGCGGCGCGCCGGGAGCUGAGGGAGGCGUCGCCGCCCCCCGACACUCCGGACACUCCUACGCCCAUGGACCACGAUCUCACGUACAGUCGAGAAGACGCGCGAGCACAGGUAUGGGUGAGCGAAACCGGACCAGACGAAAGGAUGCCGAUGUGGUGUCCGCCGACGCCGCCGUCCGGCGACGGCGACGUGUACUGCGAGAGCUGGACGCGCGCCCUGUACCGGCGCGGCGCCGCCCCCGAGCACGCGCUGCCCGCCCCCGCCCGCCGGGAGCGCGCGCCCCGCCCGCCCCGCGCCCGGCCCGCGCCCCGCGCGCCCCUCGCGCCGCCCUCGCUGUUCGAGCGCGCCGGGCCCCGCCCUCGGCCGCGGCCCCGGCCCGCGCACGCGGCGCCCGCGCCCCCCGCGCCCGACUGGGCGCCCGCCGAGGACGCGGCGCUGCGGCGCGCGCUCCGCCUGCAGCGCCUGCCGCCCGACCCGCCCGCCGCCCUCGCGCCCAACUGGGAGUGGGUCGGCGAGCUGGUGCACGAGGCGGCGCGCGCGCACCGCUCGUCGCGCGCCUGCCGCGACCGCCACGACGCGCUCGCCGACCCGGACCGCGCGCGACGCAAGCACCGCCGCGCCGCCGCCGCCGCCGCCGCCGCCGCCGCCAACGCCGCGCGACGCCGCGCGCCCGACGACGCGCCGCGCCCGCCGCUCGCGCGCCUCGACGCCAUGCGCGACGCGGCCGAGCGCCGCCGCGCCGCGCCCAAGCGACCCAAGCACCCGCCCGCCACCAACCCCAAGCACGCGGCGCUGCUCGCCGACCACGGCGUCGACUACGACGCGCCGCCCUCGCCCAUGGAGGUGGCCACGCGCCGCGCCGACCGCAUCGCCAAGGAGAAGAUGAAGGCGGGCGCCGCCCAGCCGCCCGCGGCCGCCGCGUCUCCCGCGCCGGCGAGCGCUGCGGGCGCGGGCGCGGGCGCGGGCGCGGGCGCGGGCGCGACGCAGCGCGUGGUGGUGGCGGCGCACGCGCACCACGCGCCCGGCAAGCAGGAGGCGGCGCGCCGGCCGCGCGCGCCCGUUCCCUCGUCCGCACCCGCCUCCGUUCCCGCGCCCGGCGCCGGUGCCGGUGCCGGUGCCGGCGAGGCGGUGCGCGCGGCGACCCCGACGGUGGCGGCGGUGUCGGCGGCGCCCACGCAGCUGCUGUACCGGCACCAGACGCUGGCGGCGCGCCAUCAUCUCAAAAUUCUACACCACGCCGCCGCUACCCAUGCCCAGGUGCGCGCGUCGUCGGCCGCCGGUGGGGCCGGCGAGGGCGCGGGCACGGCGCUGCGCACGCUGCACCUGCAACAGCUGGCGCUGCGUCGCGCCCCCCCGGCGGCGACUCCGCCGGCGCCCCCCCCCGCGCCCCGCGUGCUGCAGGCGGCGCGCAACCAGCCCCGGCCGCACCACGUGCUGCUCACUCACCUCGCUCCCGCCGUGUCCGCACCCGCCACCGCCGCCGCCGCCACCGCCGCCGCCGCGCCCGCGACCUCCACCGCCAACGCCGCGCCCGCCUCAGCACCCGCGCCGAGACCGCCCGACCCCAGACAAUAAAUCGUUUUAUAACUCG